AUUUCAUUAAUUUGCAGCUUUUUUCCAUCCCGCGGCUUGUCGGUAGUCGGUGACUUGCAUCCCCACAAAAAGAGUUGAGGUUGUGCGAACGACAUAAAUUAUCACUCACUAAUUAAGUUCCGUAAGUAGUGUUGUACUAUAUACUUAUACUAGACAUCAUGGAUCUGUCACUAUCAUUCUCUUCAGGGUCAUUCACGUCUAAUCGUGUCAUAGAAGACACGUACAAGCUUGCGUUGAAGUUAUUUAUGAAUAAGAACUUUGAUAAAUCAUACUCUAUAAUUAAUAAAUUAUAUCAAGAUAGUACAAUUGAAUAUCUGAAGGGACUCAUUUCUGAAAGAUUAUUUAUUAAAAUUAUUAUAUUAUAUUUAACACAAAUUGGUUUAGCACUUGGUAAAAGAACAUCAUUUAGAUUAUCCCAAAUUGAAAAUAAUCGAGUCAUUAAUUUAAUUAUACAAGAUACAUUAUUAAAUCAAUUUAAACAAUCUUUUGGAGGAGAUAUAAUUAAUAUUCCUUUAGAAAUUAUUUAUAAUUAUGUAUUAUUAUUCAUUACAAAUCGUGAAGUAUUAUUGGUUAAUGAUAAAUCAUUUUUAGCUAAAAUUAGAACAAUUUAUGGUACAGCUAAUUUAAAAACUAAUGAUCAUAAUGAAGAUAAAUAUUUAAAACGUUUAAAUGAUUUAUAUGUAUUUGAAGUAUUACCUACUUUUGAUGAAUUUGAAGAAUCUCAACAUGUUAUUCAAUCAAAUCCUAUAUAUUCAGAUGAUAUUAAUGAAAAUUUAAAGAAAUUAAGACAAAUUCAACAGAAUAAAUGUGAAAUUAUUGAACAGGAAAAACAAAGAGAAUUAGAACGUAAAAGAUUAGAACAUGAAGCUAAACAACUAGAAGUUGAAAAACAAAAGGAACGUGAAAAGCAACUGAAUUUGAAAUAUAAAUCCAUCAAGGAAAUUCAAAAACAAUACUCUCCAUCUUCAUCGAUUGAACAAAAGUUAGUUAAUGAUAAUGAUAAUGAAAAUAAAGAUUUAAGUCAAUUAAAUCAAUUAAAUCAAAUUAAAUCAAGAUUAUUCUAUACUUAUAGGUUAAUUAAAGAUUAUAUUAAAGAGAAUUCACCAAUUAUUCUUAUUAUAAUAGUCCUUCUUUUCAUUAUAAAUAAGUUCCUUAACCUAAAACAAAUCAAAUUGAAGGAUAGAUUACUUGAAACAAUACGAAUGGCUUUCAAAGUUAGCUUUUUAUAGUCUAGUAUAUAAUGUGUACAUAUAUAUAUAUAUGUGUUUAUAUAUAUGUAUAUAUACCUAAUAGAAUUUAAUAUGGGGCUACUAUGUCUCGAGCCAAAAAGACUGCGAGUAU